ACAAAAUCGAAGUAGGUCGAGUCGCCAAAAGAAAAAAAAGAUCAGGAGGAGGAAGAUCGUUGUCCACACAAUCAAAUCUAAGUCACAAAUAUUGCGGUGUAGUAGUGAUCCGCCUAGCCCCAGGAUCUGAGAGAGGCGGUGUUCAAUCUUUGUAUCUUUCAUGGUCACUGAGUUGGUGAAAGAGACACGUUUUCCAGCUAGCUCCACACAACUCCCGUGACAACUCUUCACCCACUCUGGCUUUGCAAGGGGGGGGGGGAAUAAAAAUGUUCUUCCAGUAAUGGUCUUGAGUAACACAACCCAAAAUGACACUCGCAUCCUGACACACAAAUACCCCAGCAAACGAGGAACUAGCUAGGGGAGUGGCUAAAGAGAUGCAUCUUCUGUUGCUUCCAGAUUCCUGCUAUGAAAAUAAUCAGACCUACAAUCUAGGAGUUAACUUGAGAAGUCCGGGUCGAUUAAUGGGAUUUUUUGCACUGUUAUUAAACGUUGACUUAAUGCGCUCAAAGGUUCAAAGCCAAGAAGAUGUGCAUUUCGCAGCUGGUCCUGAUUAAAUUGUUAAAUAGACCACAAGUUGUCCUCUGGGAAGAAACUUUAGCGAAUAAAAUAGACAGCGCCUGAGAAUAGCUACAUGUUUUGUGUAACAGAAAGGGGAUCUUUCCUGCAGAAUAAGACUUGAGGGCAUUUGAACGGGCGUGUAUGCUGGUAGCAUAAAGGUGGAAGCCUGAGAAAGUAUUUGCAUGCCGUUCCAAUGUGCGUGACACUUUCAUUUAAGGAAACCUUUGUGACUCUCCAGCCCCAUCCAAGCAAUCCACACAACUUGCACAGAUGGGGUGGGGGUGGGGAGUUUGAAUGGUGCCCCUUAACUCGCCAUUUCUGCAAUUUGUAAAACGCAGCAAAAACUUCAAAAAAAAAAAAAAUACCCGGGACAGGAGGUGACAGGAGAAACGGUUUUCAUCCAAGCAGUUUAAAUACCUGUCGGUAAUAAAUGGUCCGAAUCCCGCUAUUGAGUGUCUUAAAUCCUGCCUUCUAUCCUGCGGCAGAGUUUAGCUUUUAGGGUUACCUGCAGACGUGCUGUCGUUGAAAUCCCACGUUUUUGUAAAAGUUCAUACAUGAAAAGGCCCCCUUGCAAUAUUUUCCUGGCCCUUCCUACGUCUCCUGCAAAGUGCUAACCCCCCUCUGCGAACCUACCGAGCGUUUUUUCAGACUUCACCCACUUCAGAGAGGUGCCUGCAUGAGAACUGAUUUGAAAACCUACCUAGCCUCGCCAGCCUCUGCUGGAAAGGAUGAGGUCACGCUUUCCCUGCACGGCUAUUUUAUCCCGAAAUAAGUACCCCGUGUUUACCCCCAGUCGCCAGUUAGCUCGAAAUAUUUUUUGAAACAAAGGCCGCGCUGUUUCGCCAUUCCCAUAAACCACCUUGCACUGUAAGGGAUGGCUCGGAAUAGCGCGUUAUUUUGAAAUUUGGCGCUCCGCCAAAUUUCAAAAUAACGCGCUAUUUCGAACCAUCCCUUUGGCGCGCCGCCAAAUUUAAAAUAACGCGCUAUUUCGAACCAUCCCUUUGGCGCGCCGCCAAAUUUAAAAUAACGCGCUAUUUCGAACCAUCCCUUUGGCGCGCCGCCAAAUUUAAAAUAACGCGCUAUUUCGAACCAUCCCUUUGGCGCGCCGCCAAAUUUAAAAUAACGCGCUAUUUCGAACCAUCCCUUUGGCGCGCCGCCAAAUUUAAAAUAACGCGCUAUUUCGAACCAUCCCUUUGGCGCGCCGCCAAAUUUAAAAUAACGCGCUAUUUCGAACCAUCCCUUUGGCGCGCCGCCAAAUUUAAAAUAACGCGCUAUUUCGAACCAUCCCUUUGGCGCGCCGCCAAAUUUAAAAUAACGCGCUAUUUCGAACCAUCCCUUUGGCGCGCCGCCAAAUUUAAAAUAACGCGCUAUUUCGAACCAUCCCUUUGGCGCGCCGCCAAAUUUAAAAUAACGCGCUAUUUCGAACCAUCCCUUUGGCGCUCCGCCAAAUUUCAAAAUAAGCUAUUUCGAAAUAGAUUGGAGAUAAGAUACGCCAUUUGCGAAGCGGGAAUUGGGGAGCUUCUUUCGAAUAUAGGGUGCAGCCCAACUCUCAUCCAGCUAUGUUCCUGUUUUCUCCAAAAAACUUCUCCUCGGUUUGUUUGUUUGUUUGUUUGUUUGUUUGUUUAAACUCCAAAGGGCCUUGAACUUGACAGCCCUGCAAAUGAGUUUCCAGCUGCUCCACCGCAACCAAACAAAGCAGCAGCUUGUUUUUUAUUUUCUCACCCACCCUCAGUUUAAAUCACCAAAAGGACGCGAGCGGUGUGCGUGGGGGAAGGGGGGCAGUGUAAACCACACGCGAGAAAUUCCAGCUUGGGAUGGUGGGUGUCUUAGGAAAGCGAUCGUAUCAGACCGUCUUGCUCUUUUAUCACUUUGAUUCAAGUCGGGUCUAUUGUGUCCGGUCAGACCGAACAUUCUUUAAGUGCAUUUCCUUCCUUCCUUCCUUCCUUCCUUCCUUCCUUCCUUCCUUUUUUUUAAGACGAGCGGGAAAGCAAUCCCAAUGCAACUUUUUCAUGUCGAUUUUUUGGGGGAGCCGCAUCUGCCCUCCAUGUUGAGUGCUCAGCUUAAAUUCCUUUGAUCCCCCCCACAGCCCCCCACUCUGAAACGCGCAUUCUUUGGCACGCCUAUAACCUGGUGCCAGGGACUCCAUAGACUCCUUCUGCGCUGCGGAAGAGACCCUUUGUAGUGUCUCCUUGGUUUAUUCUUAAAACAAGCGGCGGGGAUGUGUACCCUGCCUGGCAGCAUGCACAUCGGUGUGAGGAGAGUACGGAGCGGAGCCCAGACUCUGGUGGAUGGACUCCCCCGUCUGUCAUUGGAAUCCUUCGGAGAUGGGGUUUUGGGGAGGGUUUUUUUUGGACGAGUUCUGCGUACAGACCCGUUUUAAUAGCUGCCUGGAAGUUCACUGCAUUCAUUGGUAGCCGGGACUGAGCGGGAAGGGGGAAGGGAAGAGACGAAGAGAUAUGUGUGUUGGUGUUUUUGCAUGUGUGUGUGAUACAUCGGCGUGUGUUUUUGCACUUCCGUGUCACCGGAAUUGGAGCGUGAUUUAAAACUCAACCUUCCUUCUGCCUCUCCGCGCUCUCUUCGUUGGGUUGCACAUGGAUAAAAUGUACCGGCACAAAGGGGAAGGAAGCUAAGGCAGGCACCAGAUUGUUUCCUUUAGUUUGUCAAUCAAUUGCAUCUGUAAAUUUCCUUUCUCUCCAACCCUUCUCCACCGCGAGGGACCGAGAGAUGGGGGUUAAGUGGCCUCUCUCGAGUGUGGAGUACCUUGGACAUGAGACUCUUCCCCCAAACCUGGAAACUUUUAUUGCAUCCUGCGGAAACUGACCCGAGCGGUCUAAGGAAGAAAUCUCCCAGCUCUGCCUUAUGGAUCAAGAUUCCCGCUUGAGAUCACCACAGCCCCAUUGUCUUUUCCAUUCGUGUGCAAGGGAUUGAACCAGGAAGAGAUUGGAAAAUGCAUAUCCUCCCCCCCACGCACUCCCCCUCCCCAUGAGAUCUGGGACUAUAGACACGAGGGAGGAAGGUGAUGGGGAGUUCUCUGCUCAUCUUACAAACUGCCAUCACUUGCAAUUAUUUCAUCCUUUUGGUUGGAAUAACCCACCACCCAAAUAACUGUUGUAUAAGGAAAAGAGCAACAACCAGAGACCGAGCAAUCGAUCGCGACACUGGGAAAUUAUUUUGAAAUAAUAACUCCUGUGUGAGGAAUUAUAUUAUUUCGGGAGUCAUUAGUUGGAAAUAAUAGCUUGGGCUGCACUAGGGUCUAUUUUGAAAGAACGACUGCUGAAAUAAGUCUUAAUUUCCAGAAACAAUUAUUUCGAAAGAACUGUCUAUGGUAGGCCAGGUUAUAGCAACUACCUCCCUCACCUCUUCCCUCCUCCUAACAAUUUGCAGCAACAAGCUGCUACAGAAUCCGCUCACUACUCCCUUCCCAUCCUCUACGAUUUUAACUAUACCCCCUCACUGCAUGUAGAAACUAGGGCUGAGAAGUGGGGCUUUAACACAAGGCAGAGGAAAUGUAGAAUGUGACAUUUUCUUUCCUUAGAAGGGCCAUGAGAGAGAGUGUUGGACAAAACUCUCUCUCUCUCUCCCUCUCUCUCUCUCUCUCUCUCUCUCUGUGUGUGUGUGUGUGUGUGUUGGACAGGGCUCUGUACAGUGUGUAUGUUAUUAUUGGCGCCUGCUUUAGAAAAUAGAUCUUCAGUGAAGAUGUGGAAUUUGGUACCGUGUUAAAUGAGGGAUCAAAAAAGUCCAUUUAAAUCGGGGAGAUCGGUCCCAAAUUAAAAACAACGUCGGGUUUAUUAAUAAAUUUAGCAGCGCAUCUAUUCAGGAGUGUGACAUCUUCUUUUUAAAUUAGAAUCAUUUGUGGUCGGUCACACAUAGCGCUUCGCAACUUAAUAAAUAAGAAACACACAAUGCUUUCAUUGGGCGACCCCUCACACUGGAAAUUGACGAGAAAAACAGGGACAGGAUAAACUCCACCUUUCCUUUAAAGGCGACUUUAAAGCUGGGACUUCCCUUCUUCCAAAACUUCCCGAGGUAACAAAGUCCCCCAAGUGACCUAUGACUGAGCGUUCUAUUCACUCCUCUGCCAACCCCCAUCCGGCAGCUUUCAGGUUUAAAGGGGUUUAAAGGGGAAUCGGUUCUGAUGGAACAACAGAAUAACUCUCCAAGGGUAUGUCUACACUACCACCCUAGUUCGAACUAGGGUGGUAGUGUAGACAUACCCCGAUGGGGUAAGCAUGGAAGGGUUACGGUGACGAGUCGCUAGGUUUUCACGUGCCACCAAGAAAUCGGGGGCUUUGCAGUUUGCAAUAAAGUUAAGUAACGGCCAAAAUCAUUAAUUCUGCCAGCAUUAGUAAAUAAAUCAAACAGAAUCCAGAAGUUUGGGACUAGAUAGAUAGAUAGAUAGAUAGAUAGAUUAAAUAAAACAAAAUCUAUAAUAGAUAGAUACAUUAAAUAAAACAAAAUCUAUAAGCUUGGGAGGGAAAAGAUGAGAAGGGAAGAAAAACGGAUGAAUGAAAAAGAAAAGAAACCCGUGUCUUCGCUUGUGAUAAUUACUAUUAUCAAUAAAUAUAGUAAUUGGCCAUUAACCAACACUGGACUUCAGUUUAUAAGAUGGAUGGUUAGAGUCCAUCGUUCUGAACUAAAAGCAGUGAUUUUUUUUAAAGCAUGGCUAAACCCCCAGGAAAAAAUUGUGUUGUAAAGAAAAGGAUAACGUCUAGGAAAAUCAUUCAGAAUCCAGAAGCGAUCAAACACAAUCGAUACACCGACAGCUGCAAAAACGGUGAUUUCUUAACAAAGAAGACAGCGUUAAAAUAACCCUGGGAACGCAGCAUAAAUGUUUUCAAACAGUCAAGCUAGAAUGCGCUCCUAAUGUUAGCGUGCACAGUUGUACGGGGACGCAUGUGUGUUUUUCAGGGCGGUGGGCACAUGCCUGAUACUACAUAAUAUCUGCAUAAAAUAGAGUCGCACGCACAGAGUCCAACCUGCCUGUAGCUAAUCCGGCCAACACUUGAUAUUCGUCCGGAUAGCAGCAGCGUGACUGUAACAUGAAAAGGGUUUUUUUUAGUAGUGUUUUACAUGGGGGUGGGGGGAAAUGUUGGGGGCUUUAUGACAUCACAAGGUGAAAGUAUCCAAUCCGCUCGCAGAUGUGAGAAAUUAUUUGGUGGGGUGUUUCCUCUCAUCUACUGUACUCCGGCAGCUUGUCUUUAAGAAGGUGGGAGCGACGUGGUGCCCCCACCCCCGUCCUUGCCAGAUUUCCUGCUAUAGCAUUUUUCUCUCCCACGUCCCCAGCUUUGUUGGCUUCCGCAUCUUCAUGGCAUUGCAGCGCGCAAGGGGAGCUGCGCGCUUUGGCCAGAGGGGUGAUUUUUUAAAGCAAUCUUGGACGCUGCAGGAUGUUUGGCUUCUUUCUUUUUCUUUCUCUCCCUCUGCCCUUUUUGGCCGGGGAGGGGGAAGGGGAGAGAUCCAGCCCUAGUGCAGCGGGAGGAACUGGGAUGUUGCGAAUCCUUAACCGGGUUUGAACUGGAAAUCGACCGCUUAGCAGCUGGGGACUUCCCCCCUCUUUUGGUUUGAUUGUGGGUUGGGGUUUGCGACUGAGGAGUGGGGGGCCCAGAGGUCCAUGCCCCCGAGGCGAGAGACAAAGUACCUGCCCCUGGCAAAAUGUUCCUGGCCUGCAAAGGGACCUUCGGGAUUGUGCCCGGCAGCAUGGAUUACAAAGGGGAAUUCCAGACCGGCUACCAAGAAAUCGAAGGGAUAAACCUGGGAUACUUACAGGUCAACGGCACCCAGAUGUUCGCUCUGGCCCAGGUCCUUAGCGACCUGUUUAAGGAUAUCCCCCGCACCACCAUCAGCAAGAAGAUGGAGACCUUGAAAAUCAAGAGCCGGCGCUGCGACCUUCGGGAGCUGCGGACCCUCAAGGCCAUCCGCUCCGUGCCCACCCGGGCAGUGAAAUGCUCGCUCAUCUCCAAGGCGGACCUGGAAGCGCUCUGCUCCUCCUGCAAGGGCCUCGGCCCCGGGCGGAGGAAGAGGAAGAGGAGGGAGCAGCUCCUGCGGGCCCCCGGGGUUCGGUUCGGCUGCCCCCGGCAGCAGCUGCUGGCCCCGUGCAGAGCUGGCCCCUACUGCGCUCAGGAGCCGGGGAUCCGCGCCAAGCUGGCCCCCGCGCCGACCGGGCUCUUGGGGGAGCCCUUCGGACCAGGCUUCCGAAACUAUGACAAAGCCACCCGGGGCAGGAAGGGCCAGGGGCUGGGCGGGCGCGGGGGGCUCUUU